CGGAGAUUUCUGACAUCUCAACAUUCCUUCCGUUUCUUUGUUCUUCUUCUCACAGCGACAAUGGUUGAAGGAAAUGAUAGUGAGUUGGAUAGGGGUGAUUGGCAGUAUGAUGAUCUGGAAGAAGAUAAUUUAGGUCAGUUUGAGGACAAUGCAAAGCAGGUAGAAGGGGGUGAAGUUCUUGAACCAUAUGUGGGGAUGGAAUUCGAGUCAGAAGAUGAUGCGAAGAGAUUUUAUAAUGAUUAUGCUAGGAAGGUAGGAUUUGUGAUGCGCAUUAUGCAGCGCCGCCGUUCUGAGGUUGAUGGUAAAACUCUUGCUCGUCGUCUCGGUUGUAACAAACAGGGAGUUUCUCCUAGCCCAAAAGGCAAAGUGGGUCAGGAGAAAAAGCCACAGCCUAAUGCACGUGAAGGUUGCAAGGCAACAUUAAUGUUCAAGCUAGAGAAGUCUGGAAGGUGGGUAGUUACUAGAUUCAUCAAGGAGCAUAACCAUCCUCUGAAUGUCAGUGCUCAUGAAUAUAAUAAUCUGCGUGACAAGGAUAAGAAAAUUCAAGAACUCGCUAAAGAGCUGCAGCGACAGGAAGAACUAGCUGCAGCGUACAGAGAAAGAUUGAUCAAUCUGCUGGCCGAUAUCGAGAAUAAAUCUGACCGUUUGAGUACGAAGGUUCUGGCAGUUGUUCAAAAUGUGAGAAAAGCAGAAGCUGAAGCACUGACCAUCUCCAAGGCAUAAGCAGCAAUGAGAUUUAGUCCUUAUCUGCUGUAGUUGCGUUGAUAUUUUCUGUAUAUAUAAGCAUUAAGUUAGUUCCAUUUUCGGAACAUAGCACCCUAUACAUUCUGCUUCCUUCUGAAAUCAGAAUGAGAGGUAUACACCGUAGCGUAGAUUUGCAGCCUAAUCCCCUGGAAGUGUGAAAAUGAGCCUCUCAAUAAGCUUCUUGUCAAGCACUGUCAAAGUUGGGGACGGCUUCUGUAACCCUAUAGUCCUUAUGCUAUUCAACCGAACUUUGUUGG